AGGUCCCCAAUGUCCUCCGCCGCUACCGUCUACCUCGUCUCUGGCAACAAAGGCAAGCUGACGGAGGUACAGCAUUACUUAAGCGGUGUCGGCGUCACUGUAGAGGCGGUGAAUAUUGACCUCACCGAGACACAAAACCACUCGGCCGAGCAGAUCAGCCAUGACAAGGCAGUAGAGGCGUACCGCGUGGUCAACAAGAUGCCCGUUGGCGAGCCGCUGCGCAGCGGUGGCACUCCCGUCCUCGUGGACGACACCUCGCUCGAGUUUGAUGCGCUCGGUGGGCUGCCCGGGCCGUACAUCAAGUGGUUUCUUGACCGCCUCGGCGUGGAGGGGUUGCUAAAGAUGGUGCGCGGUUUCGCGGCAGCCGGGGAGGAGAACUCGACACAACAGGCACCGCAGCAUCGACAGGCGGCAGCGGUGUGCAUCAUCUCCUACUGCUACGGCGUUGACGAGACAGCCGGGACGCCGCUGGUGAAGCAGUUUAAGGGCGUGUGCCGCGGUGCGCUGCCGAUUGCGCCACGCGGCAGUGUCGGCUUUGGCUGGGACUCCGUGUUCGCUCCCGAGGCGCAGCAACCACCGUACGGUAAGACGUUCGCGGAGAUGACGGUGGAGGAGAAGAAUACGCUGUCGCACCGCGCAAAGGCGUUGGAGAUGUUGACCGCGUACUUGAAAGCGCACGCACCGGGUCAUUAG